AUGGAACAUCAUCACGGCAUUGCGGACAGGCCCUCCAAGGGGAUGUUUCACUUCGCUCGACACCCCCACCCGCCCUUCUCUUCAGCUACCUACUUGCAGCAGCGAUUUCCUGCACUCAUUCUGCAUCGCACCGCUGUCCACCCCCCACAAAACGACGUACGAAGCGACAGAGAGUCCACUGGCAAAGGAAUCCCCCCUCUCUUCCUCCGCUGUGCCUCCGAUACCCUCUUCUGUCUGCUCUGCUGGUCCACUGUCCACUUCGUCCACCGUCCACCGUCCACCGUCCAUCGUCCAUCGUCCACCGUUUGCCUUGGAUCCUCUCUCAGGACCACCCCCUUUCUCAUCAUCUACCACGCAAUCGCAAUCCUGUCCCUGCUCUACGAUAUUGCUACGCUCAAACUCGGAAACCACCGCGACACCUUUCUACUCGCCUGGAACGGCAGCGCCACCAGCGACCUUGUAAACACCAACUCCAACCUAACAUCGACACCAUCCUCCCAUCCAAUCCCGCCCUAUUUCUGUUUGCUUGCACCUCACCUGUUAGUCCUAACCCAGGCCGGGUGUCAGUCGGGAAUCAUCUCCAUGCCGGCAUCGCUCGCGAAGUGCCGCGAAGACGAACAGGCUUUCCGUCGUCCUGAAACCGCGCCUCAACCGAACCUCGAUUAUACGUUCCAACUCGUCACGCCGUUUGCUCCAAGACCAUCCAUCGUCGCAUCCAAGCCCAUCAAAAAAAGGAUAGAGGAGUAA